UAGGUAGAAUAUUCUAGAUGCGUUCUGUAGUAUAUAAGGAGCUCGUCUCGAGCUCUAGUAGCUAACAAUUUAGUAUUAUCUACUUUGCAAGCCUCCCACUGCAAUAGUCACAAGAGAAAGUCCUGGCCUGGCCCGCGAACGAAAACCUGUUGAAGGCUCACGAUUGCGGUAAGGCAACAUGUGAACAUCAUGCCAUUGCUCCGCUUCUUUCAUUCAACUAUGUUUGUACAUGCCAUUGCCAUCAGAAGAAAGCCAGUUCCAUGACCACACCUAGUUGCGGAAUCAAUGGCGAGUGUUUUACUUAUUCGCUUUCUCCCCCACAACUCAUGGUUCAUAUGCAUGAUCCUUGCUGGUGGACAUGAAGCAUAGAUGCGUGUUGACAUCGAGGCGGGUGCUCAAGCGUUCAGCGCUCAUCUUUCUACUGUUACAUUUGGUGAACGUUGGUGUAGAGGUCGUGGACUCUAAGAUUCUGCGUUGUUUAUCCGGGGGUAAUCGGCCGGUUCCGGACAAUAAUAACGUUAUCCAGGUUGCAGUGCCCCGACGCGUGUUUGUUUUGACUUUUUUUUUCCUCUCGCCGACCAUGACCAUGAUGAGUACCUCUUUGCUCACCAUCUACAGGUGUUCGUUGUUGAUACGGCGCCCCUUCUGUACUUGCAGCACCCCUUGCAAUCCUUCAUUAUGCAUGUUGAGCUAGCCGUCUCGUGCUUUACGGUCUGACGCGCUUCAAGGUACUACUACGAUUUCGAUGACACUGGACUGAUACAGCGUCUUGCAUUGGCUAGGCACUGAGUCCGGUAGAAGCCGCAUAUAUACGGAUGGGGAUCCUUAUCAUUGAACGGCUACUUCGCUUACGUACGACCAGGUCGUGGUCCUUACAUUGGAACUUACAUAUCCUAGAACACAGUUUUGUUUCGCUGAUGAGCCCUAGCGCCGAUGUAUACAAUUCUCCUUCCUGUGGCGUAGGCAGGAACACAUUUUUGCGUGCCCGUUGUAGCGCCUUGGGCUCGAGAUACGUGCGAUG